AUGACACCUAUGAAGGGUGUUCUACGAUUUGAAGAAAAGGAAAAGUCGAGUCCUCGUUUUGUUGGACCAUUUAAGAUUUUAAAACGAAUUGACCCUGUAGCGUAUUGUUUGGUGUUGCCACCAUCACUUUCUGUUAUUCAUGUUGCUUUCCAUAUUUCGAUGUUGAGAAAGUACGUGGCAGAUCCAUCUCAUGUAGUGGAUUACGAACCAUUGAAAAUUGAUGAGAAUUUGAGCUUUGAAGAACUACUAGUUGAGAUUCUGGCUAGAGAGGUAAAGAUGCUUCAUAACAGAGGGAUUGCAUUAGUAAAAGUUUUGUGGCAAAAUCAUCAAGUUGAAGAGGCUACGUGGGAGAGGGAAGAUGACAUGAGAGCUCGUUAUCCAGAGUUGUUCGAGGAUUAG